UGAGGCCACACCCUCACGAUAUGCGGCGCGUCCGAGGUGUCCCUGGAAACUCCAAGUGUCUAAUGCGCGCUGCGGAUGGUCAGGGGUUCAGAGCCGAUGCGACGAGACCGUGAAAGAGUAAUGGAGGCUGAAGUUAGAGAUCACUAUGAAUGACAAAUAUCACAAGGCAGCUCGGGAUGGCUACCUUGACUUGUUGAAAGAAGCGACGCGCAAAGAUCUAAACGCUCCGGAUGAGGAUGGCAUGACACCGACCCUAUGGGCCGCGUACCACGGCAACCUGGACGCGCUGCGGCUGAUCGUGGGGAGGGGGGGGAACCCAGAUAAGUGUGACAUAUGGGGGAACACGCCACUCCACUUGGCCGCUGCCAAUGGUCAUCUCAACUGCUUAUCUUUCCUGGUGUCAUUCGGUGCCAACGUGUGGUGCCUGGACAACGACUACCACACGCCUCUGGACAUGGCUGCCACCAAGAAUUACAUGGACUGCGUGCGCUAUCUGGACUCCAUCGCUGCCAAGCAGACAGCCCUCAACCCAAAACUAGUGAGCAAGCUGAAGGACCGAGCUUUCCGCGAUGCUGAACGGCGCAUCAAAGAAUGCGUCAAACUGCAGCAGAAGCACCGUCGGCGUAUGGAACGCAAAUACCAGAGAGAGACAACAGAAGCAUCCUUCUCUGAUGCCAUGAGUUUCUCCAGCUACACCAGCAGCACCUUGAGUCGCAAGUUACAUCACUUCAACACCGCCACUAGCGUGCCAUACUCCCAGGCUACUCUUCAUGCCACAGCCAGGGGCAAAACCAAGAUCCAGAAGAAGCUCGAAAAGAAGAAGCAAGGUGACGGGACCUUCAAGAUUUAUGAAGACGGAAGAAAGAGUGUUCGCUCUUUGUCUGGACUACAACUCGGCAACGACGUCAUGUUCUUGAAGCAGGGCACGUACGUCAAUCCUAAGGAUCGGUCCCGUCGCAACAUACGCGACAUGUUCCAAAGCGACAACGAGGACGCCAUCUCACGUGCCAUCAGCGAGCCCGACCUGCAUGGGCACGACGUGGAACACUCGGAGAUCAGCACCGACUCAGGUCACGACUCUCUCUUCAACCGUCCCGGGCUUGGAACUAUGGUUUUCCGUCGCAACUAUGUGAGUGGUGGACUUUUUGGCAUUGGACGGAGGGAUGAAGGCAGUCUGGCAGGCAGCGAGCGAGUCGAUAAUGUGCGCCUGCAGAGCCGCAUGCAGCGCUUGCCCAAUAUGGACGACGACAGCAUCGGAAGCGCCCGUAGCCUGCAAGAGAGGAACGUGCAGGAGCUGCCAUGGGAAGAGGUGGAACUGGGGCUGGAUGAUGAUGAUGAGCCUGACACAAGUCCACUGGAAGUGUUCUUGGCCACACAGAGCAUGAAUGAAUUCAUUCCUAUCUUCAAGAGAGAAAAAAUUGACCUGGAAGCCCUGUUGCUAUGCUCAGAUAAUGACCUUAAGGGCAUUCAUGUCCCUUUGGGACCCCGCAAAAAAAUCAUUGAUACCUGUCAGCGACGACUGGAGACCAUAGAAGAACCAGGCUGUAUAGAGGACACCGCGUUAUGA